AUGCCUGGCGCAAGCGUGGCAGUCAUGCCAUCCUCGACUACAUCCACACCGGCUACCCGGAAGACCUCACUCGCCCCAGAAAGAAAAUACAAGUGCCAGUUUUGCAAUCGGGCCUUCAGCAGGAGCGAACACAGGAGCAGGCAUGAGCGUUCUCACACCAAGGAGCGGCCUUUCAAGUGCAUGAAGUGUCGCAGCACAUUCGUGCGACGCGACCUUCUCCUCCGCCAUGACCGUACCGUCCACGCCAAAGAUGGGGGUGUCCCCCUCCACAGCGACGGCAAACGCCGUGGCGGCCCCAAGACUGCUCGCCCGAGCAGUGGCCCUUCCAAGUCGGCCAUUGCGAUUGAUGCCUCCGCCCUCGAGCAGAUCGAAGCUAGCAGCGAUGGGGUGUUCGAUGUUGAGACCGCGGCGAUGCUCGUUGCUGACCUCCACCAGAAGGCGACCGCAGCGGCUCGGGCCAACAGCAGCCAGUACGAUGCUAGUUCGAACAUGUCUUUCUCUCAGAACGGGUCGUCGAUGGAUUCCACAUACGCCUCUCAAUGGGAGGGUGGCUUCGCUGGUCAGGAUCAGAAAGCGCACUCGAUCAGCUCUGACCACCCGAUGGCCGGCCAGAAUGCCCAUAUGGCCCCGGGCCUCCAGGCACUUGUCAACUCGCUUCCUCCGUCAGCUACCGCCACCCCGACUCCUCAGUCGCCUUAUCUGGCUCAGCGAACCCACAGCCCGCUCGAUGUCUCUCAGCCUGCUACUGGGUUCAAGGCGCCUCAGGUCUAUAGUGACGAGGAGCGCAACGUGAUCCUUGACAACAUCCGCGGCAGUGACAGCGAACACGCCAUCCCAGAGGGCUUCCGCGUCCCGAACCUACCCUCGCUGAACCGCUAUCUGGCCACCUACUUUGGCUUGUUCCACCAUCACCUGCCGUUCCUGCACCCAGCUUCCUUCGAGCCGACGCAGAUGUCGCCCGCCAUUCUCCUGGCAGUUCUCUCUAUCGGCGCCCUAUAUGCGUUCGACCAGGAGCAGGCAUACAUGCUUCACAUUGGUUCAAAGGUGCUAGUCAACCAGUUCCUCCAGAACAAGGAGAACUUCAGCUCUCGCAAGUGCCCUCUCUGGACGAUGCAGAGCUCUCUCCUCAACAUGAUCUUUGCCAGCUGGAGCGGGGACCCCAAGGGCCUGGAAUGGGCGUGUUCGAUCAAGAGUCUGCUUGCCAACAUGGUUGCUGGGAACCGUUACGAGCUCAAGCUUCGACAAGAAGCUCGCGAGGGUCGCGCCCCGACCCGUGCCGAGUGGGUCGAAGACGAAGGUUGCCGCCGUACAUACUACGCCGUGUACAUCUUCUUCGGCUUGUUGACGUUGACCUACAACCACACGCCGGCCAUGAGCUUCAACGAGUUUGAGGAUCUCGAGCUGCCGUCUACUGAAGCUCUGUGGAACAUCAAGGUCACUGAGGACGCUUGGCAGGACCAUCUCAAGGUCUCACCAAGUGUCACCUUCAUGGACGCCCACGACAAUCUCUUCCAGGGAGAGACGCUCAAGUACAGCGCCUUCGCGACGCGUGUUAUGAUCAACGCGCUCUUCCUCGAGGUGUGGUACCACAAGCGCAGCCCGGAGGCACUGCAGGACGUGGUGACUGAGUACAAGCUCCGUUUGGCUCUCGAGACGUGGGAGAAGUCCCUGGAUCUCUGUGAGCCUGAGGCAUUCUCGGUGCCGCUCAGCGCUCCUCACAAGGGCCAUCCCCUCAUCUUCAAUGCCAAGGCCAUGUUCCGCAACGCGCGCGCUAGGCUCGAGGUCGACUUGAAGGCGGUACAGGAGGCGCUCCGGUACCACGAUUCGUACGAGGUCGCGGCGGCCAUGUCGAACGCGAGGGACCGUGUCAAGCGUUCCAGCGAGAUGCUCAAGGUUAUCCAGGAGUGUUACAAUUGCAUCGAGACUGCGGUUCUGCAGGGCGUCCGCUGGGUCGCGCGCACCUCGCCGACCAACUGGAGCAUCGAGCACCCGCUGUGCGGCAUGGAUCUCAUGAUUAUCCUUAGCCUGUGGCUGUAUCGUCUGGAACAUGACGAGGAGCCGGCUACGGAGGAGGAACUAGUCAUGUACAAUCGCAUCCGCCAGCUGUUUGACAAGGACGUCGACGAGACUUAUGUCGCUCAUCUGAGCUCCGUCGUUGCUCGUCUUUGGGGCUCGAUGCUGGAUGAAGUCGUCGUUUGGGGAAUCACUCGGUUGAUGGGCGAAUCCUUCCGGCUCCACUCGCAAGCCUUGAUCGGCUACGUGGACGAUGUUGCUGCCUCCCCCAGUGUCUCGACGCCGUCCAUGACCUCGCAGGGCGCUGACGAAGACAGCGUGUAUUAA